CUGAUCAGUGUUGUAUAAUUUUAGACUUGUAGAUGUAAAACAAAGGAUUGAUCUAUGACAUUACUAUUUUUUUCAAUCUGAAAGGAAUCAGUCAAGAUGGAGGUCAAGAAGAAGACUUUCUUGGAGAACUUGCGCAAGAAAACUAAGUUGUCAAACCUGAAGAAGCCAGGAAAAAAACCACCCGCCAAGCCGAGCAGACAUCUGGCCCAUAGGCGCAGUAUUUCUGUACCAGACCUAAGGUUUGUGCCAGGUGAAGCAUUUUCUACAGACAGCGCCUUGGGGUCCAAUGGCUCUGAUGCCGUCUUCUUUGGUGUCUCCCCUGGCGUAAGUGACACUGAUUCUGUUGCAAGUGGUUUGAUUCCUGAAGGACCAAUUUUCACGGACAAACUAAGCGAUUCUGCCCCAGAAACAAGACUCAGAGUUCCCAGAGAUUACUCAGCGGGUGCUUUGAAUAGAACAAGUGCACCAGUGGAGACGCUGGCUUCGUAUGAGGAAUUUGAUGGUAUGUUAAAUAUAAGCUCAGGAAACACGGUAACUUCAGACCGCUUGUAUGGUACACCGGAGACAAGAGUAAAGAGGAAAGCAGCGAAGUUUUCUUUCGACCCUGUUCCUGCACCAAGAUUUGCUUUCCUCAGUGCCAAUGCUCUGUCACCAAUACCAGACCAGGUAGAGAGAGAAAGUCUCUGGGGUGAUGAUACCUCAGCAGACAGAGUGCUUUCGGGUUCUCUUGCUGCAGCACUGGCUCGAGCAAGCUCCCUUGGCGAACAAGCAAACCCCGACACUGAGAAGAAGGCCGUAUCAUUUGAACAGAAAAAGCCGUCAUCUGAAAAAGGGACUCCACCAAGAGCCAGAGGAAAAAAUUUUGCAGAAAGAUGGUCUGUGUUAUCAGAUACUCCGUAUACUGCUUUGGAAAGCGUAGACAGUAUCUCUCUGGACUCUGCUACUUCCAACGAGGAGCGAGUCAUCAUGCCCUGGACAACAGACUCUGAAGAACUUGAACGAGAACCUCGCACUCCCCUUUUUAUGAAACACUUCCCCCUGGAUGAGUCUAUGCUAGAAGAUGCCCAGUCUGAGGAGGCCAUGGAAGAAAUUGAGAUGUGCAGUGAGCCUUGUGAUUUCUUUGAGGAAAAUCUGCAAGAUCCCUUGGAAACCUCUGUGCCAGCAGGGCCUGAAGCUCAAACGCCCGGCCCAUGCCAGAGGUAUCUUCUGAACAUCAACCUAAAGCAAGGGAAGAACCUAGUCAUCAGAGACAAGCGAUCUGGUAGCAGUGAUCCUUAUGUGAAGUUCAAACUUGAGGGAAAGCAGCUUUAUAAAAGCAAAGUGGUUUAUAAAAACCUAAAUCCACGGUGGAAUGAGUCCUUCAGCUAUCCUCUUCGCGACAGAGAGCAUAUUGUGGAUGUCCGGGUGUAUGAUAAAAAUCGGACAGCGGAUGAGUUCAUGGGUUCCAGCACUGUUCCUCUAAAGCAGCUUGAAUUGUACAAAACCUAUGAAAUGGAGCUUCAUCUUGACGAUCCAAAAAGUAAAGAAGAUGACAUGGGAGUAGUUAUGGUUGAUGUCUGCCUGAUGUUUAGAGAUGCCACCAUCAAAAGAAGCCCUAGAUGGCCACCGAGGAAGAACAAGCAGAACCAGGGCACUGCAGCCCAGCGACCUGUUGAAACGCAGAAGAACCAGCUGAAAAAUCAGAUGUGGACUGGGGGGCUUGGAAUCACCUUAGUGGAGGGACAGGACAUACCACAACAUGGCAACGGGGACGUUUACGUCCGCUUUCGCCUGGGUGAUCAGAAGUACAAGAGCAAGAACCUUUGCAUUCAGGCCAAUCCCCAGUGGAGAGAGCAGUUUGACUUCAAUCAGUAUGAAGACAAGGAACUUCUGCAGGUGGAGGUGUUUUCAAAAAGAGGGAGGAAGGGCGAGGAAUCAUGGGGGAUGUUUGAGAUUGACCUAUCGAGACUUCCACUUAAUGAGAGACAGCUCUACACUCAUGUGCUGGACCCUGGAAAGGGCAGGCUGGUGUUUCUGGUCGCUAGACCCUGCUGGGGAGUCUCAAUCUCUGACAUUGAAACAGCUAGGCUUGAGAAUCCUGAUGAGCGAGGCACAGUGGAGGAUAGAUUUACCUUAAAGAAUUCACACAAGAAAGUGGGGGAGGUUGGCUUCCUUCAGGUUAAGGUUAUUAAGGCAAAUGAUCUUCCUGCAACAGAACUCAAUGGAAAAAGUAACCCCCUAUGUGUAGUUGAACUUGGGAAUGGCAAACUUCAAACUCACACCCUCUACAAGACCCUCAAUCCAGAGUGGCACAAGGCCUUUACAUUUCCAAUCAAAGAUAUCCAUGAUGUGGUAGAGUUAACUGUCCUUGAUGAAAAUGGGGACAAGGCCCCAAACUUUUUGGGGAAAGUGGUGAUUCCAUUACUGACAGUCCAGAAUGGGCAGGAGAUCUGUCUGUUCUUGAAGAAAGAAAACUUGGGAAGUGUAUCAAAAGGAACUAUCACACUGAUUCUGGAUGUAAUUUAUAACAAAGUCAGAGCUGGCAUCAAAACCUUCCAACCGAAGGAGUCGAAAUACGAUGAAAACGCGAAGUUCUCCAAAAAGGUUCUUGCCCGGAAUAUAUAUCGGGUUCGAAUCAGCACAGCAGUUCUGUACACGUUACAGUACAUUAAAAGCUGUUUUCAAUGGGAGAGCACACGGAGUCUAAUAGCCUUUCUGAUCUUCCUCGUGACGGUGUGGCACUGCGAGCUCUUCAUGCUGCCCCUGUUCCUGCUUCUGCUUGUUGGCUGGCAGUACUUCCAUCUCACAACAGGCAAGGCCAGCUCCAACCAGGACCUGGUGAACAUGAGCAUGGGUGACGACGAAGAAGAAGACGAAAAGGAAUCCGGAAAAAAGGGUUUGAUGGAUAAGAUACACAUGGUUCAGGAAGUAGUGCUGGUCGUCCAAAAUGUUUUGGAUGAAAUCGCAAACAUCGGAGAAAGAACCAAGAACAUAUUCAACUGGACUGUCCCAUUCCUGUCAUGCCUGGCCUGCUUGGUGCUGUUUCUGGCGACCACGCUGUUAUAUUUUGUGCCACUGCGAUACAUUGUGCUGAUAUGGGGCAUUAACAAAUUUACCAAGAAGCUGCGCAACCCAUAUACUGUUGACAAUAAUGAAAUUCUGGAUUUCCUCAAGAGGGUGCCUUCUGAUGUUGAAAAGGUGCAGUACAGCGCUCUUAGAGCGCCCACCAGCCAGCCGCGGAAGAAAAAGUAAGCUCGGCUCAGAUAAAAGGCUGCUCUCCGUUUGAAUAUGGUACAGCGCCGUCCACCUGACAACAAUGCUCCAGUGCCAGCAGAGCCCGUGACCCCAUGCACCCCAUCGUACCACCCUAACUCUGCCCCCUGCUGCUGAGGGGCAGCCAGCCGCUCUCUGGCUUGUGUGUUUGCCACCCCCCUGACAGAGGCUGUGAACUGCAGCAGCUAGGAGGGCAGCACAUGGCGCUGUCAAUCACAAGCCUGGAGGUAAAGAAAAGAGAAGCCCUGUAAGGCUCGGCCUUCAUCUUUGGAAAUAAUUUAGAAAAGGAAUGAGAAGCUUUGGGUUUAGCUUACCUUAGACCUCCACUCUAAUGUUUUGUUUUUUAACUUUGGUGAAACUGAGAAAUUUGCCUAAAGCUGAAGUUAAAUGAAAACUGCAUAGUUAAACUAUGUGUUUAUAUAGUUAAAGAUAAAUAUGUAUCAGAGAGUCUUGGAUCAUAAGUAAGAGAAUGUUUUGUUUCGCAUUUACAAUAUCACAACAAAGUGCUGUGUGUUGAUUUUCUGUGGGAUUUGUUGUUAAGAAUGAAAUCCUGUCAUCUUCCCUAAUUUUAUAAAGAACAAAUAUAUAUUUAUACUGUGCUUGUAUUAUGUUGUGUAUAAUUUCUGACUAUUUUUGUAUGUUAAGUUCAUGAAUGUUUGACUGAUUCAUUUGUACCAAGUAUCAUUAUCAUUA